AUGGGAAUCUGUCGUCUUGAGAUUCUGGCAGCGCCAGAAAUGCAUGAUGCACGAGAAGUGAACACUAUUCUAACUGCUAGUUUACAUGCUCUCUUUGGAGACUUUGAUGGAGAGCAUCAUGCUUGCCAAGCUGUUGUGAAAAAUUCAACGGGCUGUGCACCAUCAACCUUUCAUGUUGAAUGCCCGAAAGAGUCCAUGGCCGCAGUCCGAGCGGCUCUAUCCAUGGUGACCCCCCCACCUUACUUGUAUGGAACGGUUUAUCGAUUCGACGUGACGAAAGUUACCUUAACCUGA